AUGGCGAAUCUGAAUAAAAGUGCUGCUAUUACCACUGCGAGAUACAACUCGCCUAUUCCCCCGAACGUUGAAAUUGCCGAAACGAAGCCUGCAUUCGCUAAAAUCCAGGACGCUAAUUUGGGCACUCUCCUCUACGCCGAAAACGGCGGGUACUAUCUCAAGUAUCCGGAAGGAGAGGUUGUAGCCAUCGCUUCUGACCGGCUGUGUUCUAUUUUGGACAAUUCCCAUAUGUCGCUAAUCUUUUAUCUCGAGAGGAACGGCUUACACGAAAAGGCUGAGGAAGUGAUGCGCGACUUACGGGAAGCCGGAAUCGACGCAGAUAGGCUUAAGAGAGACACGAGCGAUGAGAUUAAGAGUGGUGCAUGUGUUAUAGAUCCUGGUCUUGAAGAGGAUGCCGGUGAUGAUAUUCAACGGCCGAAGGCUAGGCCGUAG